GGUCAAUUACAUUUAUUUUUAUUUCAUUCUUAAAAUUAUAAUAAUAUAUAUAUAUAUUGAUAUAAAUUAUAUAUUUUUUUUUUAAGUUGAUUUACUUUAUUUUGUAUCAACAGUUACAAAAAUAUUUUAAUAUUACAUGAAGAAAUAAAUAAAAUUUUUAUAUAAUACAUGUUUAAAUGACAGUUAUAAAAAAUAUAAAAAUAUACACUGCACUGUCUGUGAAAUUAUUUACAUUAAAAUUUUAUUUAUACCAAAUAUUUAAGAGUAUAAUGUCCCUAGUAUGCGUUACAUUUUGUAACUAAUUUUCUUAACCUCUUUAAAUUUUAUUUUAUAUAAUAUUAUAUAUUAAAUGCAAUGUUAACAGGUUGGUUGACAAGUUUUCGUACUACACAUAACCUCAAUAUUAGAUAUAAUGUAUGUUCUUACUUACUUACUCAAACUCGAGAUUAUGCAGCUAGAAAAGGGACAAGAGAAAAGAGAUUAUUGGCCAAAAAAAAACGAGCUAAAAAACAAGUAACAGUUGAACAAGUAGGAUAUGUUCCAUAUAAACAGCAUAAAAAACAGAAAAUAAAAGAAGUUUGUCCACUUAAUACUAUUGAUGAUAGUUGGAAAUGGAAAGCAAUUGAUAAUGUAUGGAUAGUAAAAUAUCAUCAGCGACCAAUUUAUUCUUUACAAGAAGCUAUAGAAUGCCAUCGUGAAACACAUCAUCCAACUAUGUAUAAUAAACCUAAUGCAAUUGUUAAUGCAUUUGUAGAAUUAGAUAUGAGGCGUGAAAAGAAAAAUAGAUUCGUUGAUAAGUUUACAAGAAUAGUUGAUACACCACAUAUAUUUGAAAAUAGUGGCAAUAAAAGGACAGUAUUAGCUUUUAGUAAGAAUUUAGAAGAACAAGAGAAGGCUAGAGAUGCUGGAGCUGACUAUUCUGGUGGUACUGAAUUAAUAAAAAAAAUUCAAAAUGGAACAUUUCAAUUCAAAGACUAUGACUUUGUUGUAGCUCAUGCAAAUAUUUUAUCCGAUUUAUUAUUAAUUAGAGGAUUAUUGAAAAAAAAAUUUCCAAACAUAAGAAUAGGUUCUUUGGGCACUGAUAUGAAUAAACUUGUUACAAAGUUCAAAAAUGGAAUUGGAUAUACCGCAAUACCUCAUAAAACUUUCAAAGAAUAUGGCGAAAUUAAUGUGGCUUUUGGUUUGCUUGAUAUGGAUAUGAAAUAUUUGGAAGCAAACUUCCAUGCACUAAUCAAUGAUAUUGAAGUAAUGAGACCACGUGAUGCAUCAUUUAUUGUAAGAAUUCAAAUUAGAAGCGAACUUUCUGAUGAAUCUUUUACAAUUAAUUAUCAAGAUUACGUUGCAACAAAAACUGAUAAAGAAACAAACAAGGAAGAAAUAGAUGAAACAGCAAUUAUUGAUACGCAAUAAUUAUUUAAUGUAUAUAAAUAAAAUUAUAUUUAA